AUUGAUCAAAGCGAAGAAAUAACAAGCAGGAUUGUUGGAACAUACGGUUACAUGUCACCGGAGUAUGCUAUGCACGGACAAUACUCUGUUAGAUCCGAUGUUUUCAGCUUUGGUGUUCUACUUUUGGAGAUCAUAAGUGGAAAGAAUAGUACAUUUUACCAAUCAGAUGGUGCUAAAGAUGUUCUUAGCUAUUUUUGGAAGAAUUGGAGAGACAGCACGCCAUUGAACAUAAUGGAUCCAACAUUUGAAGAGUCAUACUCAAGAAAUGAAGUGAUACAGUGUAUACAAAUUGGAUUGUUAUGUGUUCAAGAAGAUGUUAUUGAAAGACCUAUGAUAGCAUCUGUGGUGCUCAUGCUUAAUAGUUACUCUGUCACCAUGUGAGUGCCUCAGCAAUCUGCAUUCUUCUUUCACAGUCGAACAGCGAUACUACUGAAAGGGCUAGAGUCGGAUCAAUCUACAAGCAGGUCAAUUCCAUUGUCCAUUAAUGAUGUAUCCAUUACAGAAUUAGAGCCAAGAUAGAUGGAUACAAUGAUGGAGUUUUAAGUUUACCAUCUAGUGGGAACACUUAUUGACACCGUGACACGGGUCAACUUAACCUGAUGGUGUAAGAAAUUUAUAUAAUGUCUUGUAUUUUAUAUGUAAUAUAGAGGAAUAAGGUGAUUGAAUACUAGCUAAGAGGGUUAUAUUCCUAAUUUCCCUUGA